AUGACGGUUCCUGAUGAAUCUGAAUGGGACACCCUAGAGAUGACCAACACACCAGGAGCCAUUAUUGCUGGCACCGAGGCUGCCACCUUGGGCCUCAAUGAACCUGCCCUGCAGCAACAAAUUCCAAAUAUUGGCACAGGUCAAAUGGAUUGUGUUUAUAUACAGUUUCCAGUGGAUACACUCAGCAUGCUGGAGAGUUAUUUCACAUAUACACACUGCUGGUUCCCGAUUUUAGAGCGUCAUGAUCUAUUUCGGACAAUGCAUACCAGUCUUGAACCCGAAGCCAGCCCGAGCAAUGCUUCAAGCUUAGUUCUUUGGGCAGUCGUGGCUUACGAAUCAUCCACAAAAGAUGGUAGUGACCCAAGGCAGCCAGACCCUUUGCAAAUACAACAAUCAAUCUCCGCACGCAUCAUGUCAGAAUCGAUAAAUUUGGAACUAGGACACAUACAAGCUGUCAUUGUUAUUGCUCUACUGCAGCUGAAGCUACGAGACAUCAAGAAUUCGUGGAGGCUUGUUGGCCAGGCUUCCAGAAUGCUGGCGACAUUGCCGAUAGCUUCCAAAAACAACCGAUAUCAUACUACUUUCCAUGGGUGUAUCUUCCUUGACAACAUUUUGUCUGCGGUUUUGAACAGAGCACCCUGCAUGUCGUUGGAAGAGCAACAGGAAGAAGGACUGAUCAACGAAGACAACAUAGAAGAAUGGGAUAUAUGGUCGAUAUCCCCACGAGCUUCAGAAGGUGGACACCGAGACACACCCAAAGGACCCCUGCGAGCGUUGAGCAUCUUUAAUAAUAUCAGUCAGCUCAUGAAGCACUUGGCUCGAAUAUUGUAUAUGUCGACCAAUAUGCCACACGCAGAUCAGCGUGAGUUGUCAGCCAAUCUGCAAUCCCAGCUGAAAAUACUUGUUGAAAAGUACCCACAUAGCAAAGGCCCAGCAUACACCACUCCUCCAUUACUCAUUUUGCAUCUCACAUCCUCCUUUGUGAUGCUGGAGUCCUUGAAAAGAAGCCCAACGCUCGACAUGACCGGAAAGAAGUUAGUUGUCAACCUCGUGCGAUCCACUCUUAGUUUGUUGGAUCGAUAUCUGGAGAUCGCUGGAGUGUCACAAAUAUCACCAUUAUUGUCUUGUUUUGCUCUACAGUGCCAGAAGUGCUUUGAUAUGGUUUACUCUGAUCCUACUUCUGAGGAAAGACGGGCUCUCGGAAACCGACUUUGUCCGUACCUACAGAACUUGGAGGCCGGAAUGGGAAGCCUCCAGGGAUCGAUUAACAUGCGCCCUGCAAGAGCCGAGAAUACUCGAAUGGACCCUUCUUACAAUGGGUUUGUCCAGCCAUCAGAUUUACAAGUGUUAGAAACGCGACCCGAAAGCUCCCUUAUUGCUCCCCCAAGGAAUCCCGCCCCUGACUCUUGUGCUAUUUCGACUUUUCCAUCACCGGCUGGGGUUGCACUUGGAGACAACGAGGGAUUUGAUGCUCUGUUCGAGGAAAUGGUCACCUCCAUUCCGAUAAACAGGCAACAACCUCUUUUCGCUCAAAAUUUAGGCUUCUACGCUGGAAAUUUGGAUAAAGACUUCUUGGAGCAACUUCAACAGCCAUCAGACGGUUGA